AUGACGUCGAUUUAUGGAAUCAGGCACUCAACAUUCAAGCAGAAGCAAAGCAACAGAAACAGAGGAAGAGAAGACGAAGACGAAGACGAAGACAAGCAGACGAAGCAGGCAGUGGAUGCGCAUCUGGAGAGAUCGCCGUUGAGCCCCUCUACAUCUACAGCUCCAAACAUCCCAAGCUUCUCCCUCAGUGUCGUCAUCAUGGCAAGCUGGUUCACAUCGUCGUCCCCGCUGGACGACCAGGUUGAGAAGGCUACGUCCUCCAGCUUGGAGGAUAUCGCUUUGAACCUGGAGAUUUCCGACCUGAUUCGAUCCAAGACAGUGCAGCCCAAGGAGGCUAUGAAAGUGCUGAAGCGCAGGCUGGAGACGAAGAAUCCCAAUGUUCAGCUCGCGACGCUUAAGUUGACCGAUACCUGCGUGAAGAAUGGCGGUCGGCAUUUUCUCGUUGAGAUCGCAUCUCGAGAAUUUAUGGAUAACCUCGUUUCCUUACUCAGAACUGAAGGCCCAAAUUCCUUAAACCAUGAUGUCAAGACCAAGAUGCUGGAGCUUAUACAGAACUGGGCCAUGGCCGCUCAGCCCAGGAACGACCUAUCUUACAUCGCCGAAACUUAUCGGAAACUACAGAACGACGGAUAUAAUUUCCCACCAAAGACCGAGAUCUCAAGCACGAUGCUAGAUAGCGAUGCUUGUUCUAGCAAGACCCUGCCACUACCGCACCUUGGGAUAAUUCAACCUGUCCGUGUGGACGAUGGCUGUUAUGCAAAACUUACGUCGAAAUCCACCAGUGCAGCCGCUCGCUCGUUUAGUAAUUCAUCAAACGUACCAGCAGUUCCCGCGAAUAAGCCCCGCAUGGAACCUCGGAGUGCGUAUGCUGAUAACGAUUUUGACGAAGAUUUGAAGCGGGCGCUACAGAUGAGCUUGGAGGAUUCAAAGGGGCGGCAGUCCUCUGGUUAUGUUCCACAACCCAAAUCUACAUACGCCUCGCCAAAGGUACAAGUUAGCGCACCAAAAAAUGAUGAGGAAGAAGACGCGGAUCUUAAAGCUGCUAUUGAAGCAUCAUUAAAGGACGUGGAGGAGCAAAAGCGAAAGCAUACUGCGGCUCUGAAGAGCUCUGCAUUUAGCGACAAGCCAGCGUCCAGCAAAUCUUCCGCAGUAUUGCCGAAAAAAGAUUAUGAGUUGACACCUGUCGAAGCUGAAAAUAUCAACUUGUUGGCCACGCUUGUGGACCGGCUACAACACCAACCUCCAGGAACCAUUCUACGAGAACCCCAAAUUCAAGAAUUAUACGAAAGUAUUGGUGCCCUACGACCGAAGCUCGCUCGAACAUACGGCGAAACUGUCAGCAAAUAUGAUACUCUUCUUGACCUUCAUGCUAAACUAUCAACGGUUGUGCGAUAUUAUGACCGCAUGCUGGAAGAACGACUCUCAAAUACAUACUCGCGCCAGACCUUGAAUGCUUAUGAUAAUGUUCGCCCCCAGUCUGGUUCCAACUUCUACCCAUCUAUGACCCAGCAUAACACAGGUGGCCAUGAAGGUGCCGAAAACUUUUAUCUUGGAACUGGCGCACCAUCUGAACCCCAUCAGUCGGUGUACCCCCAAUAUCCAAGUACUUAUUCACAACCGCCGCAACAGCAAGUACACGACUACCAAGGUUCAGCACUGUCAUCUACUCCUUCUUUUGACCGGAGAGCUUCUACCCACGGUAGCCUUCACUCUCAGCCCAGAAAUUCUGAACAAUUCUCCCGGCCACCUCCACAGCCCUCUUAUUCGUACACCCCUCAAGAUCUCACGCAUUCUUCACCACAGGGAGCAGAGUCCGUCUCUCCACCACAACCCAUAGCACAUCAAUAUCCACCUACCCAGUACCCGCCACCAUCUGCAACCCCUCACCAAACUGUCUACACCCCUCCUGCUCCGACAAACGGACAAAAUCCUAACUAUAACUACAUGUCACCCGCCCUACAGCCCCCCCUACAACAUCACCAGCAGCAACAGCCGCCUCCACCACAGCAACAAGCUGCUUCAAAACCUGUCGUGGAGGAAAGUCUGAUCGAACUUUAA